AUGUCGCCAGUUGAAUAUUGCGCAGAAAGGGAAAAAACUAUCCAAUCGCAUACUACCGACAAAGUUUUCCGUUGUUGUGGAGAACGUGUACCACCAUAUUUACUCCUACCAGGCUCCCGUAACUCAACAAAGGUAAAAAGGGAACCAAUAAAAACCAUAGCCGGUGGUUCAGCAUCUGCACCACCAACAGAACCCAGGCCAAAUAGAAGAGAUAAAGGGAAGGGUAAAGCCUCACAAAAUAUUGAAACAAUCCUUCUUCUUUCCAGCCCGACAAACUCACCAGAGACAGUUGUAAAAACAGAAUCUAAAAAACAGAACUCAACAUUUGGUUUAGUGCAUGCCCUCACAUCACCAGCCCCCGCCAGCAAACAAAGUGUAUCAUCAAAGGUAUUUGAGGACUUAGAUGAGCUCAUAACCGACCACUCUGACUUUGCUUUCGGUCUCUUGAGCUCCUCUCCUAAUUGGCAGGAUGCUAUCACCGCAGAGUCAUUAGAUAUACAUCAAGUCCUUGUGGCAACACAUUUCCACCCCAAAGACGGACCCCAUAGGUUGGAGGUCAGGAGCAAGCCAAUAACUGUUAGAGAUUUUCUGAUGGAUUUCCCUGUAGGGCCGUCUACAAAAAUUGUUUUGGUAGUCAAAUACCAAACAGAUGAACAACGGGCAAUCAGGAUCAAAAAAGAGAAGGAGGAAACAAAUGAGUUUCUCACUGCUGUUCGGGCAAGAAGAGACAGAUUUGAUUCACCGGCGGUUGUCAAAAAGGAGCUUUAUAUGAGAGUAGGAGAACCGGCACCUUCCCCAGAAGAGGAACAUUUUACCAGUGAUCCCCCAUUGCCCUCUACGCCUACAUUAAAAAGAGAUUCAACGGCUUUGACUCCUGAUCUACCUGAGAAAUCAAAUUCUGUACUUAGCUCUCCCGAUUUACAAUCCUCUCCAUCACCAAUUGGUAAAGAUAUCCCUUCAAUAUUACCUGACGGGAAUGCUCUACAAGAGACCAGAAAAUCUAAUCGGCCACCAAAGAAGAGGAGGAGAUUAUAUGAGGAUAGUGAUUAA